CUUAGCCUUUUUUUUUUUCUUCCCUGCCCCAAAAAGAAAAAAAAAAAUUCCACAAAACUAGGCCAAUAAAUAUUCAAUCAAACCCCCAUCUUCUUCCUCAUCUUUGAAUUUCCUCUCUCUGAAAAUGUUUUCCUAGUACUGUUUUUCCUUUCCUAAGAUCUUCUUCUUCUUCUUCUUCCAUACCUAGGAAAACCAGGAAAAAAAAAAAAAAUUUCCCUUUGUGUGUCGUUUUGUAUCCUUUUUCUAUUUUUGGAAACUUUCAACUGGGUGAUCUCCUAAAUUUGCAUAUCUAUUGUUUUCCAAGCUCCUGAUCUGGAUCAACUACUUUUCUUUUCUUCUUCAGUCAGUUUUUUUCCACCAAAAUUUCCCUGAAAUUAAUCACCUCCCUCGAUUCCGGUUUUUUUUUUUUUUUUUUUUUUUUUUUUUUUUUUUUUCUAAUUCCCUUUAAUUUGUACUUGGAGUUAUAAGCUAUAUAUAUACAUAUAUAUUAUUUCCUUGGACGGUGCAAAUUAAAGAGAAGAAAAAUAUGGUUAGAGGAAAAACUCAGAUGAAGCGAAUAGAAAAUGCCGCGAGCAGGCAAGUGACAUUUUCAAAGCGCAGAAAUGGGCUUCUGAAGAAAGCCUUUGAAUUGUCGGUUCUCUGUGAUGCUGAAGUUGCACUUGUGAUUUUCUCUCCAAGAGGAAAGCUCUAUGAGUUCGCCAGUAGUUCUAGUAUAAACAAGACCAUAGAUCGUUACAAUCAAAGGAGAGCUAAGGAUGGUGUCCACAGCAAUACUGCCAAAGCAGCAGCUCCAGAAGAUCAUGAUCAGCAGCAGGUUGUCAUCAAUAAGGAAGACACUUUUAGCAUGGCCAAGAAAAUAGAGCAUCUUGAACUUUCCAAAAGGAAGCUUUUAGGGGAUGGCUUGGAAGCAUGCUCUAUCAACGAGCUACAACAGAUUGAGAACCAAUUGGAGCGAAGCUUAAGCAAAAUUAGGGCUCGAAAGAACCAGCUAUAUAAGGAGCAGAUUGAACGACUCAGGGAAGAGGAGAAAACCCUACUAAAACAGAAUGCAAAACUGAGGGAAGAGUGUGGAUUGGUGCCACUACUUCAAUGGAGUGAGCAAGCAGAGAUAGUACACAAUAAUAGUAUUCAAACUGUGGAAGUGGAGACGGAGUUGUUUAUAGGCCUGCCAGAGAGAAGAAAAUAAAGGGCAAAACCACAUAUCUAUAUAUAUAUAUAUCGAUAUAUAUAUAUAUCGAUAUAUAUAUAUAUAUAUAGACAGUUGAUUGGUAAUGCACUAAUGCCCUAGCUACUCUUACGGCAACAAAACUUUGCCGCUACUUCCGUGUAAUUUCCCCUCUAUUAUUCUCUUUCUAGCCCUUAAUAUUUUUGCAAUACUGGAAAAUAAUGGAAUGCCAAAAUAAACGCUUCAAGUUUCAUGUUGUUGUAUUAUGUCCGUUAAAACUACUGAAUAGUUUGGAAAAGUAAUGUAUAUGAUUCACCGCACUUGCGUCUGUAUAUUACUGAAAAUUGUAACUUAUAUAUGUUCUUAUAU